GGAACUUGUUGUCGGCCGGAAGACUGGGGAAGUACGCACAGGUUCUCUAGGGGUCCUGGCAGAGUGAUUCCGGUGUGCGGAGAAGAUGGGUCGGAGCCGGAGUAGGUCCCCGGAGAGGCGGAGAGAACGAAGACGUUCCAGAUCUGCGUCCAGGGAACGUGAGAGGAGGAGACGAGAGCGCUCAAGAUCCAGAGAGAGGCGGAGAAGUCGUUCACGAUCGCCUCACAGGCGCCGCUCUAGGUCUCCACGCAGGGUAAGGUCCGCUUCCUCCUCGCCUGGUAGGCAUGAUGAUGAGAAAAAGGACGGUAAAGACUCAAAAGUAGUUAAGGAAAGGCAGAUAGCAGCUGAAGAUCUGGAGGGAAAAACAGAAGAGGAGAUAGAAAUGAUAAAGCUCAUGGGUUUUGGCUCUUUUGAUACCACUAAGGGAAGGAAAGUAGAUGGAUCCGUUAAUGCAUAUGCCAUAAAUGUGUCACAAAAACGAAAAUACAGGCAAUAUAUGAACAGAAAAGGAGGAUUCAACAGACCUCUAGAUUUCAUCGCCUAAACUUUCAAGUUGGAUGUUGUACUUUGUGUUCUCUGGAGUCUAUUUACAGUGCAAGUGAAAGGAAACCGGUUUUGAAAUGGAGAACCAUUGCUGUCUACACAUGAAAAAGCUUAGUGGUCUGGGUCCCUGAACUAAAACCAACAUGAAGGUUAGGGACAUCCAAACAAAUUCUAAUCUGCAUAUUUGUUCCAGGUCUGGUGACUCUGAAAUUACUAAAAGUGUCGGAUUAACAUGACAGCCGGGAAAUUUGUGUUUUUAAAAGGGGAGGUCUGCGGUGUUGGCUUGUCUAUAUUUUCAGUACAAGAUGCCUUUAUUACAACACAAUACGCAUCUGAUCGCUAGUUCUGGGCAGUGUGACAUCAUUGUUUUGUUCACUCCAAUGUUAUGACAGUGUGGGGACCCACAAUAGAUGAUCACUGUAGUACUUUAUUCAUGUACUCACUUUCUUAUGUAAGAUGGUUCUUCUACUUGCCAUUGUUUUUCAUAGUAAAAAAAAAAAUACAAGCAUUGCUUUGAAUUGGAAUCGGA